GCCGCCGCCGUCUGGGGGUUGGCUGGUUAUUUUGCAAGCGGGAGGGGCUGUGCGCGCUCUUGCCUCAGGCCUCUGUCCCCCACCCCCUUCGCCGGUACCGGGCUCUUCUUCGGAAAGAUGUCGGACACGGCAGUGGCUGACACUAGGCGCCUUAACUCGAAGCCCCAAGACCUGACCGACGCUUACGGGCCGCCUAGUAACUUCCUGGAGAUAGACAUCUUUAAUCCACAGACGGUGGGCGUGGGCCGCGCGCGCUUCACCACCUAUGAGGUUCGCAUGCGGACAAACCUACCCAUCUUCAAGCUGAAAGAAUCCUGUGUACGGCGACGCUAUAGUGACUUUGAGUGGCUGAAAAAUGAACUGGAGCGAGAUAGUAAGAUCGUAGUACCACCACUGCCUGGGAAAGCCUUGAAGCGGCAGCUCCCUUUCCGAGGAGAUGAAGGGAUCUUUGAGGAGUCUUUCAUUGAAGAAAGGAGGCAAGGCCUCGAACAGUUUAUUAACAAAAUUGCUGGGCACCCACUGGCUCAGAAUGAACGCUGUCUACACAUGUUCCUGCAGGAGGAGGCAAUUGAUAGGAACUACGUCCCUGGGAAGUUGGCUACCCAUCCCCUGGCUUGAUAGACCGUCCUGCAUUGUGCCCUUGGUACCAGACUACACCGUGUGGGCGCUCUGCUAGUAUCUCUUCUCUGAAGAGAGGUGGGAAACCACAGGCAGAUGUUCUUUGCUUGGGGUUGGGGUGGGGGAGGGAUUGGACUGGAAGGCAAUUUCUUGGGCAUUUUAACUAUACCAGAAGGCUAAUUUGGGGGGAGGGGGGUUGUGCUGGUGAGGCACUGGGAUAUAUUACUUAUGCUGCAAGUCUAGGGCCUUUUUCUUAUUCUUAGGUUUAACCAGGAACACUGAAUAGGGAGAAUCCCUGCUUUUCCUACCUGCAUGAAAAAUUUUCUUUUUGGGGAAGGUGGUAGAAACCCAAAACUUAUUUUUUUCUAGGCCUACUCCCAGUUUUCUCAGCAGUUUUUUGUUUGUUUGUUUUUCCUCUCCCCUGUUGUUUUUCAUGGCAGCAAUCCUAGAGUUUAAGCAGUUCAAUGUGUAGAGCAGGAUGUAUGGGUUUUCUGGGCCCAUCGUCAUGGUUACUGCAAAGUCAAAAAAAGCCAUAGGGUAGUAGGGUGCUCCUAUUGCCUAGCCCCUAUCCUUUUAUGGCUCCCUACUCUGGCUGUCUAUAUUUUGCUCACUAGCUAAUGAGUCAGUAUGGGCCAGCAGUUCUCUCUCCUCAAGCCCUUGUUCCUUUGUGGGUUAGCUUUGUGGGUUUUGAGGGACAAGAGCAACUUAUCACUGCCAGGUGACUUUCUGAAUGGUGGGAGGGGGUCAUGAUUUAGGUUCCUCUUGAUGGUAAGGAAGAGCAACAUCACUUUCCUCCUUCCAUUCAUUCCUCCUUUCCCAUGUCAUUUCGUGCUGCCCCAAGGGCAGAAGCAUGUGCACACACACACACACACACACACACACACACACCACUUUCUCGUUUCUCCUAAGCACUUUUGAGCUGUUGAAUGGGGCUCAGGAGCAAGAGUUGUCUGCUGCUGCCUUCCCCAGCUUGCUCACAGGCUUAUUGAGCUGCCUGGACUUGUUUCCUGUUGAACUCCAGUGUUGUCCCCAGAAAUUGAAAUAGGCUAGCAGCUAGGUGUAGAUUUUCCCAAAUCUUAGAGGCUAAAGUCGCUUCUUGAGGCUGGCAAAUGCCCUACGCUGUUGUUUGGGAGGUGGUGGUUUGUUUGCUGGGACCUGCUGUCUGUCCAAGUGGUGGGAUGAGAACAAGUUAACUCUGGUACCAGUUGUAAGUUGGGACUCUUGGCUUAGACUCCCUGUCAUGGAAGGAUUUGUGUUUUUUCUAUAGGUCCUUGGGGAAAAGGAUUGCUGAGUCUGGUGUGACCCUGGUCAGAGAGAUCAGGGUUAGAUUUUGACAGGGGACUUGGAACCCACCUCAGUGUUGAAGAUCCUUGAGAUAGAUUAGCUCUCUAGCUGCUGAGCCCAUGCUGGUAGCUGAGUAGCCCCUUUCCCACCUCGCCAGUGUCGGUGUCCUUGCUGCCUUUUGAUUUGUAUCCUCUGUUACAGAUUUUUUUUUUUAAAGAUUUCUCCUUUCAUUGUUCACAAGUGCUGAGACUCUGAGGCCCCAUUUCUUCUGUGUAUAUAUCCUGACUUGGGGCUUUUAUUCAGCAAAUUGUUCAUUCUUCUGUCAGACAAUGUCAUAUUCAACUCUGUUCAUAUUAAACCACUGUGAAGCAA